AUGAAAAUGUCAGAAAGACUUGUUGCUGACAUCUUCACACAGGAAGAUCGACUGAAAAGUCUCGAGGGAAAGCUUGGCGUAGUGAUUGAUCACCUCGGUGUCGGCACAAAUGACAAGUGCACAUCAACUAGUACAAGCCAGCAUCUCAAUCGAUCGAUCUUGUCUGGACCGAGUGUCUCGGUGACACUACCUCCAUGGGACGAUGUCGUCGCAAUCGCAGAGCUGUAUCUGCUCUACUGUGAAUCGCAGCCUCUGCCUAUCUUUCACACGGGCAGUUUCAUCAAUAGCCUCCAGAGCAGAGAUAUUGAGGUCAUUUAUGCCAUCUUGGCUCUUUGUUUACGAUUUUCAACCUCUCACCGCAGCGCUUCAAAUCUAUCUGAGCAGGUCAAUAGCUACGCAGAAGUUGCUCGUGGACUCGUCAUGAAGCGAGUCUCAGAAGGACCGGUUGAGGUAUCCACUCUCCAAUGCCUCUGUCUUUUGAGUAUGGUCGAUUUUACAAAUGGCAAUACACAUCGCUCAAGCAUUCACAGCAGUCUGGCCAUGAAUCUUGCUCAAUGUGCGAAUCUCGGCCAGGAGCCGCGCGCUCCAAUAAGCAACAUCAGUCGAGAGGAACGGCGGCGAUGCUUUUGGAGCAUCUGUCUAUUGAAGCGACUUCAUGGCGGGGACUUUUCAAUUGACCUACCAGACGUCGGAGGGCUCGCAUACCCGCGUAGUCCUUCCCGUCCUGCGCGGAUACUCUCUCCAGGUCCGACGCACCCUGAAACUAGACGAAGCGACAUUCAAGAUCAAGGAAUUCUCGCCUACGUGAUCAUGCUCAGCGAGGCAUUUGCGCGCACGGGAAGAUAUGUCCGUCUUCAUGGACGACCGAGCACGGUGCCCCCUUGGUCGCCGCACUCUGAGUAUUCUAAGAUCAUCGCGCUACAAAUGGACCUUGAGACCAAAAUGCCCCUUACACAUCGGUUCAAGCCAGCCAAUCUCAACGAUAGGUCACUGGAAGAGCUUCAAGCUCACCGUGAGUACUGGGGCCCAUGGUUCCUGAAUCAAUUCAUGUAUCAUACCAUGCUCUGUCUGCUCAAUCACCCGCUUCUACUGUCACUGAGUCUCCGGACCUUCAGAAGCACCAUCCCCGAAAUCUUCCUUCAACAUACGUCUGAUUUGAUAUCCUCUCACACCACCUGGAUCAUUCACUUUAUCAACUACUUUGAAGAAAAGGGCUUCUUUGUCUCAGAUCCCCUUCUGGGCUACAGUGCCGCGGUCGUCGCCACCAUUGAACUGCAGCUCAGCUUCACCGACAACGAAACCAUCCGCGAACAAAAGCGCGACCGCUUCACCAAAUGCGUCAAAUUCGUCCAACAGCUCGGCCAACAGUGGCCGCACAUGGCUCGCCUCGCACAACGACUUCAACAUCUUGAAGACGCCGUCUCAGCAACCUACCAGUCCGACCCAAGCGCCGAAAAUCAAAGCCUGCUGAUCGACCUGUCCAAGUUCUGGGAAAUCCUCGAGUAUUCAUCCAACAGCGACGCUGCAUCUGCACGUCGUCUCUUCGGCGAUUCGCUCUAUGCAGGUCCGUCCACGACGAACCCGGAAGUCUCGCAGACAUCACCUCUUCCUGCCCCGACUCGUAUUGGUGAGGAGCGGUCGGCGAGUUUGCAAUCCCCCGGGACUUUUGCGGGCAAUGCGGCGGGGUUUGCAGACUACACGGCUACCUCGGUUGUGUCGCCGCAACAACUCACGUUGACGAAUGAUGAGUUCUCCAUCCUGGCGACCAAUUUCUUCUCACAGGGUCAGGAGUUUUUGCGAAGUGGGGAUGCUUGGACGAAUAUUGGCAAUUUUUAA